GCAAGCAGCAGCCUCGGCCACGCGCGUGGCGUCCCCCGGGCGCGCCUGGCCAAGAUUUGCACGGCGUCAAGCGGGAGCAGCGGUCCCGGGAUCUCCACGCGCGCGCGGGGAGGGCUGCGGCUGGCCCUCCGUGCCUCAGUUCCCCCGCGGGAGAACCGGGGCUCGGGGGGUCUUUUGGAGCAGCAGCAGCAUGCUUCUGCUUGGCUGGAUCCUGUUCUGGGCGCUGCUGGGCGCGGGAGAAGGGGCGGAGGAGCCCCCCGCAGACCUUCUCCUUGAGUUUUCCUUGGGGAAGUUCAAGAAUUUCUUGUUGAAUGAAAGUGUCCCAGCUGAAGCCGUCUUGAGGAACAUUGCUGGCAAUGUGACGCUCGUCCUAUUUCAGAUCCACGCCCACCACCAAAAUGUGACCAUCUCCUUUGAGCAGGAACCUUCUCCUAGCAACUCGGGAACUGGAGUAGACAGAGGCUUAGUUUCAGUGCUUCGAACUGAGCAGACGGUAUGCACGUGGUAUUUGCGAGCAAUAGAUGCGAAUCAGGUGCUGAGCACAGCAGUUUCUUUAUCCUACACUGAAAAAGAUCCAAUACCUGGUGGAUGCAACUUGGAAUUUGAUUUGGAAAUGGACCCCAACCUGUAUCUAGACUAUAACCUGGCUGAUACUCACAUUAUAUUUGCUCCAGCAAAUCUGGGGUACGCAAGAGGGACACACCCACCCUCGUGUGAUUCGGGAACCAGUCUGGAUUCCAGGUGGAGACUCUCUUAUGAUGUCUACCAGUAUUUUUUGCCCGAGAACGAUUUGUCGGAAGCCACAUUUGUGAGUCAUAUGAGAAGAAUGACUGAAGUUCCGAGCAUCCAGGCUCAUGGAUCUAAAAUGAUGACCUUAACCAGCCAAGACAAAACUGAGCUGUACUUCUCGUCGCUUCCCGGACAAGGCGUGAUCUACAAUGUCAUUGUGAGAGAUCCUAAGUGGAACACUUCAGCUGCAUACGUGCCUGUUCACACCUAUGCCUGCAGCCUCUCUGCUUUGGUGAAUAACUGCUACACCUUUAGGAGGUUGUCCACCAAAAUAUUUUUCACCAAUUUGGCUUUUCUCGGUCUCUUUGUCUGCUUCCUUGGACACAGAUUCUGGAAAACAGGUUUAUUCUUUAAUGGGUUUAUCUUCAAGGCUUUCUUUCUCUUUAUCAUCAUUACUAAAGAAUCAGCUCUCAGCUAUGACGCCACUCUUGGUCUUACUGCGGCAGCUGGCAUCAUAGGAGCUCUCCUCUUAGUAGGAUGUUGGUGGCGAUUUGGCCUUGUGAUCCCCUGUAUGCUAAUAGUAGGACUAGUGCUGGGGUGUCUUGUGUCGUCUGCACUUUUCUUCACUCCAGUAGGAGACUAUAGAAUUUUUCAAGAUAAUGCUGUUUUCUGGGUCACCUUCUGUUGCGUUGCCUUGGUGAUUCCAGUCAUUUUUGUCUGCUGCCCCAGAGUUCUCAACAUCUUGACGUGUGGGGUUGUCGGUUCCUACACCAUUGUGUUGGCCACUGCAUGUUACAUCUAUACCAGCCUCUCUUACAUUGGCAUCGAUCUACUCCGGAGGAUUCUGAAUGAAGACUUCAAGAGAACCUACACCAGUGUGCCCUUCCAACCCAACGAUAUUAUCCUCCUGGCCGUUUGGACUAUGCUGGCAAUCGGAGGAAUCACCGUUCAGUUGCGCCGAGAAAGACACGAGGCUCCUUUCCCACCGCACCCGUAUCGGCUAUGGAAGCGUGAGAGGGAGCGCCGAGUCACCAAUGUCUUGGAUCCCAGCCACCACGUCCCUCCCUUGAGAGAGAGGGUCCAUAAUAAGCUGUCCCAGAUCAAGGACCUCUUUCAGAAAGAGCAGGCGGCUGGCGAAAGAACCCCGCUGCUCUUAUAAACUGAUUCUUGGAUGGGAAGGCUUGAGAAACGUGGAUGGAGACCAUGAAAGCCAAGGACUUUCUUCGUGGUAUUUUCCACUGAACUGGAGAAGAAUCCACGGUUGUCCGAGACAAAUCUACUUGUAUUUUGUUUUCAAGCACUGUAGCAGCCAGGAAGGGGGUUUUUUUGUCUGUAAUUUUAAUCUUUGAUAGUAAAAAAAAAUGUGUAAAGUUAUCGGGGGGCAGGAAGGGUAGAAUAGAAAGGUAGAUGAAUAAGCCAAGUGUGCAACUUGGAAACUUCAGAGUCCUGAGACAGAAAAUGAUAAUUUCUUACCUUCAGUCCCAAAAGGCAACCCCUUUUAAGGGGAAAUUUAGCUUCUGAACAGGAUGUGUGUAAAGUGCUGGGGAAGAAAAAAAAAAGAAUUGUGGCCUUUGUAUUCUUAGGCAUUAACUUGGAUGAUUGGAGCUAGUAAAUAGCAGGUUUCAAUUGUCAAGCAACACUAAAAAUGUAAUUUUCCUUGGAUUGUGGUUUACUAGUUGUGUAUAUGAGACAAACAAAGCAUUUUGACUUUGAGAUAUGGAAGAAGGGGUGGGUUUUCUCAAAGCCUGUAGCAAAACACUCUAUUUUUAAAAAGGCUAAGAAAAGUGAAUGAUCUCUACAAUUGAGUGCUUUCUUUUUUAAAAAAGAAAGAAUAACCAUGUAAUUUAUCGAACGCAUUUUAACAGUAGUUCAUUUUCAGAUUGGGCUGCUGUAUGUUUAGAAUUGGCUGUAAAAUACUUUUUCUCUAAUAUUUUUAUAAGAUUAAAAAAAAUGAGUACAUCGAAGCAUCUUUUGAUAUUCUGGUUAAACAAAUGUAAAAAAAACACCCAUGAAAUUAAUUUAUUUCUUACAAUAAGCAGAAAGCAUUAGGCAACCUGCUGUACAAGGGGGCAAGAUUGUUUUAAAUUAUGAUUUAAUGUUCUUUCUCUUAUCCAGCCUUAGGGAAAAAAGGUUCUUUUCAAACUGAGCAUAUAGUACCUAUGUAGGUUAGUUGUACAGAUCCAAAUCCCAAAUUAUUUUACCCUGACUAUUCUGAACAUCUACCAUUUCUGCAAUUUUGGAUCCAGGGCAAGAGAACAACUCAGUUUUAAUUUAUUAUGGAUAAAAAAACCCACACAUGUAAAUAAUGUUAGUUAUAUUCUGACCCCGCUCAGUCUUGGAAAUGUAUUGAGAAAUCCCCCCCCCUUUUUUUUUAAAUGGGAUUUUGUGACAUUUCUAAACUGUGGAACUAAGUUCCCAAAUCUUCUGAAGGUAUGGAGCUUAAAUUUUCCUCUGAUAAAAAUUUCCUUCUUUUUCCCAGUUGUGAAAGCUAUUCCUAUAAAUCGAAUAGACGUACAGAUUUAAUGGUAGCCUUUAAAUGCUUUUUGUCCCCGUCUCCCCCCAGUGCAGUGUUUACGAGAUGAGGAAACUUAGUUUUUCCAUCUCCCCUUUCUGUUUUAAAACUAUAUGUUGCAUUGAUCGUUUCUUAGACUGUUGAAACUCCAUAUAAUUGGGAACGGGAAUUGGAAGACAGUGUCUAAAAUGGGUCAAAUAACACAAAUUGCAGUGAUUUUUUUCCAAUCCAGCCAAGAGAUUUAUUUUUCAAGUGAGAAAAUAAGUGCCUAGCCAAACCAGCCAGGCCUGUUAUAUGUUCUGUUUAAGGGAUACGUGACACACCUUCUAUUUUUCUUGGUGCAGAAAAGAAGCAAUUUAUUGCUUUGCUAACUCACUCUUUGUGUCCACGAAUGUGGCAGAUAAGAGGCUGCAGAACAGAUCGUGCUGCAGCUGUAUUGUACUUUGUCAGUUAGUCCUGUAAAACAAAAAUGUAAAUUUUCAGACCAGUUAUCUAAGUUGUGUCUUUCUGCUGCAGUUUUUGAAGCUCUAAAGCCAUUCUUGUAUUUGGCCUUCAAAAAGGAUAAACCUGAAAUAAUUUUAAAUGCGUGCAGUAGAUUUGAUAAAGGGGUAUGUCCAUAAUCUGUAGCAGCUAUUCAUAGGUCAGCUCAUUUUAAGGUUGAAAAGUAAAGAUAAUCAAACAUGCCUCCAGCAGUUUCAUAUUGCAGGCUGCUUUUUAGUGCUGAGAUGAAUUGCCACGUCUGAUGGUUAUGGUACUCAGGAAUCAAACCAUUAGCUAUUUUUAAUGUGCCAUAAUUGACAGUACAAUAAACAAAACAAAGUCACUCAAUCCCUUUUUAUAAUAAACAUUAAA